AUGCCAAUAGAUUUAAGACCACUUCAGGUUCAUACAAUAGUUUCUCAGCUUUUACAAGUAAAUCAUAUAAAAAAAGAACCAAAAUGGUUUAGACCGGUUAUAGAAACACCUCCAAAUUUUAAUUUACUAAAAAGAUUUCCUCCACAGUUUAUUCAAUUAACAAAUUCUCUAAAACCAAAAGUUUUACUACCUCAAAAUAUUACAUAUCCAGAAGACCGACUCAGAAAAAAGUUUUUCAAAGAUCAUCCUUGGGAGUUAGCAAGACCAAGGAAUUUAAUAGAAUAUGAUGGGAAAGAUGCAGAAAAUUAUGACUGGAGUCAACUUAAUCAAAAAACAAAAUCAUUAGAUGGAGAAAGUGUUGUACAAAGACAACUUUGGUUAAUGACACAUUCAAAACCAAAACAAGCAGAAGAAGAAGCAUAUGCAAAAGCUCUUUCGGAAUUUUAUUAUGCAAGAGCACAAGAACAAAUAUCACAAGUAGUUGCAGAAGAUGAAGCUAGAAUGCAUGGAGCAGAAUUCUAUAAAUCUUAUAUUGAAACUAAUGUAAUUUUGGAACAGGAUAUACUUAAAAAUUGGAGAGAAAAAUCAAUAUUACAAUCAAGCCUUCAAAAAAAAAAAUAA